AAGUUUUGGGACGCUAUCUCUGUUUACUGGAGGAUGGAUCAGGAGGGUGUGAAGCCUGACGAACCUACUUUGGUGAGUACACUUUCUGCUUGUGUUUCAACAAGGAAUUUGGAGUUGGGAACAAGAAUUCAUCAUUAUAUGAAUGAAGAAUUUAGAUUCAGUGUACCUCUUGGAAAUGCUUUGUUGGAUAUGUAUGUGAAAUGCGGCCAUGUAGAUAUGGCUCGUAGGUUCUUCGAUCGCAUGCCAGAAAGAAAUGUGAUCUCUUGGACUAGCAUGGUCUCAGGAUAUGUGAAUUCAGGCCGGUUGGAUGAAGCAAGACAGUUGUUCCACCGGAGCCCUGCGAAAGAUGUAAUUCUUUGGACUGCUAUGAUUAAUGGAUAUGUGCAGUAUAACCACUUUGAAGAAGCUAUGGCACUUUUUAGAGAGAUGCAGCUGAAAAGAGUCAAACCUGAUAAGUACACAGUCGCUGCUCUUCUUACAGCUUGUUCUAGUUUGGGAGCACUGGAACAAGGAAAAUGGAUUCAUGGAUACAUCGAGGACAAUAUGAUAAAAAUUGAUGCUGUGGUUGGCACAGCACUAAUAGACAUGUAUGCAAAAUGUGGGUGCAUACAGAAGUCCUUGGAUAUAUUUAGGGGAGUGGAAGGAAAGGACACUGCAAUGUGGACUUCAAUUAUCUGUGGGCUGGCUCUAAAUGGGCAAACAAGCAAAGCACUUGAGUUGUUCUCAGAGAUGAAAAGCAUUGGAACUGAACCAGAUGAUAUCACCUUUAUUGGUGUUUUAAAUGCUUGCAGUCAUGGAGGAUUAGUGGAUGAAGGUCGUAAGUAUUUUGAUGCUAUGAAGGAAGUGCAUCAAAUAGAACCCAAAUUAGAACACUAUGGCUGUUUGGUUGAUCUCCUUGGUCGUGCCGGUCUUUUGGAUGAUGCAGAGAAGUUGAUUGGGAAUAUACCCAAUAAUAAUGAUAAAAGUAUCUUACCUUUGUGGGGUGCUUUGCUUAAUGCUUGUAGAAUGCAUGGUAAUGUCGAGAUGGGUGAGCGACUAGCCAAACAAGUAAUUGAACUGGAGUUUGUAAAUUCUGGUCUACAUACUCUUGUGGCUAAUAUAUAUGCUGCAGCAGACAGAUGGGAUGAUGUCACCAAAAUAAGAAGAAAGAUGAAAUAUCUCGGUAUCAAGAAGACGCCAGGUUGCAGUUCAAUUGAAUUGAAUGGCAUGAUUUAUGAGUUCCUUGUAGCCGAUACUGCAUCUCCUCAAAGAAGUCAGAUUUACUCAGUGCUGAACGGUAUAAGCAGGCUUAUGGACUUGAAUGAACAAAUUGAGAUAAAUGAUCAAGAUAUUAUUAAUACAUCAUACCUUCUUGAAAGGUGAGAUAUGAUGUUCCAGAGCAAAUUGUCCCCUGAAAGCCACUUGACAAUAAUUCUUGUUUGAUUCUGGGAGAUUCUGCUGGGAAAACCCUUCAAGCCAAAUCUUAUUGAAGCAGCCUAUACAGUUGCCAGUCACACAUUUGGUUUUUGAGAUGGAAUUAUUGUCUUGAUGCCAGAAGUUGAAGCUUACAUAAACUUGACUGACAUAGCUCUUUGUGUUUAAUGAGGAAUACAAGCUUGGAAGCUUGUAUUGGUACAAACAGUUCACCCAGCUUGGGGUAUUUACAUAUGAAGGUGCUGCCGACACCUGGACCUGUUGUAACCAGAACUUGUACAAAGUGGAAGUCAGAAGACUCAAAGGAUUUUUGAAGAACAUGUAGAUGAUAUUCUUAAAUUAUGUCUUGCUGGAAUGUGACUCAGCUUAUGUGGCUACUAAUUGAAUACUAUAGGAUUCUUGAUGCGGAAGAUUGACUUUAUUGCCUCACAUUUUCAGGAUGUUACACUGAGGAGAUUUUCAUCUUGAACAAGUUUGUUGAAGGAGUUAAUAGUGACAUUAUACUUUGUUUGUUCAAUUUCUCUUGAUGUGCGUUCUUUCACUUUUUCUCAAGUUA